CUUUCCCUCCUUCUUCAGGACCCUGGAUUGCUAGAGAGGGUAGGGAAUCGUUCUUCCUUGAGCCGAGGGCAGACUGGACAGGGUCCUGGCCUGGCCCCUGUGAAUGGGAAAAGGGAAAGGGGACUGGUGCAGAGAGCUGGUUUUGGUCUGGGUCAGGGAAUAGGGAAAUGGAGGCAAGGGGAGGCAGUGUGUGUGUGUGGGGGGGUGUCACCAAAGGGCAAACCCAGAGUGGGGCAAGUUGGUGCUGUGCCAGUCAGGUGGGAUACAGAGGCCAUGAAGCCUGAGGGCCCCCUCUGUGCCCCAGAAGAGCCAUGGCUCCAAAGCGCAAGCCGCAGGUGCAAUGUGAGGCCCCUGAACAAAAGAAGGGGCGGCAGGGGGCAGAGGGGGAGGACAGCUUCCGCUCCACUGCCGAGGCCCUCAGAGCUGCGCCCACAGAGAAGCACGUAGUCCGAGUGGACCCAGCAUGCCCACUCAGCCACAGCCCUGGGACCCAGGUGCAUGGAGACUAUGCAUGCACCCUGAACCAGACCAACAUUGGAAGCAACAACAACAAGUUCUACAUCAUCCAGCUGCUGGAAGAGGGUGACCGCUUUGCCUGCUGGAACCGCUGGGGCCGAGUGGGAGAGGUGGGCCAGUCAAAGCUCAGCUACUUCAAGCUCCUGGAGGAUGCAAAGAAGGACUUUGAGAAGAAAUUUCGGGAGAAGACCAAGAACAGCUGGGUGGAGCGUGACCACUUUGUGGCCCACCCGGGGAAGUACACGCUUAUCGAAGUGCAGGGAGACAGCGAGGCCCAGGAAGCCGUGGUGAAGGUGGACGGAGGCCCCGUGAGGGCCGUGGUACAGCGCGUGCGGCCCUGCUCCCUGGACGCCGCCACACGGAAGCUCAUCACCAACAUCUUCAGCAAGGACAUGUUCAAGAAUGCCAUGACCCUCAUGAACCUGGAUGUGAAGAAGAUGCCCCUAGGGAAGCUGAGCAAGCAGCAGAUUGCACGGGGCUUCGAGGCUUUGGAGGCCCUGGAGGUGGCGCUGAGAGCCCCCACGGAUGGUGGCCUCAGCCUGGAGGCACUGUCCUCCCACUUCUACACCGUCAUUCCCCACAACUUUGGCCGCACCCGGCCCCCGCCCAUCAACUCCCCUGAGCUCCUGCAGGCCAAGAAGGACAUGCUGCUGGUGCUGGCCGACAUCGAGCUGGCCCAGGCCCUGCAGGCAUCCCCCGAGGAGGAGGAGGUGGAGGAGGUGCCACACCCACUGGACCGAGACUACCAGCUCCUUAAGUGUCAGCUCCAGCUGCUGGACCCAGAGGCGACCGAGUACAAGGUGAUACACACCUACCUAGAACAGACUGGCAGCAGCUACAGGUGCCCGGCUCUUCAACAUGUUUGGAAAGUGAACCGAGAAGGGGAGGGAGACAGGUUCCGGGCCCACUCCAAGCUGGGUAAUCGGAAGCUACUGUGGCAUGGCACCAACGUGGCGGUGGUGGCCGCCAUCCUCACCAGUGGGCUCCGCAUCAUGCCACAUUCCGGCGGCCGCGUUGGCAAGGGCAUCUACUUCGCCUCAGAGAACAGCAAGUCAGCUGGCUAUGUGACUGGCAUGUCCUGUGGAGCCCACCAAAUUGGCUAUAUGUUCCUGGGGGAGGUGGCACUGGGCAGAGAGCACCACAUCACCAUCGAUGAGCCCAGCUUGAAACAGCCACCCCCUGGCUUCGACAGUGUCAUUGCCCGAGGCCACACAGAGCCUGAUCCAACCCAGGACACUGAGCUGGAGCUGGAUGGCCAGCGAGUGGCAGUGCCCCAGGGCCAGCCUGUGCUCUGUGCAGAGUUCUGCAGCUCCCAAUUCUCCCAGAGCGAGUAUCUCAUCUACCAGGAGAGCCAAUGUCGCCUGCGCUACCUGCUGGAGGUUCACCUCUGAGCUGUCUGCCUACCCCCACCCCUGGGGCUUGCUGGCAGCUAGACCAUCAGCCUUAACCUUCCUGCUCAUCCCUGGUGCCCCCAAAUCUCCCUCUUGUGUCACAGGCAAUGAUCCCCCCCCCUCCAAUCUUUGCUAGCCCUGGCAUGGCCAUGGCCCCAGAGUCUCACCUCCUAAGGUGAUGGGCAUGAGGGACUGCCAUUAUUACUGGGGCACAGA